UUUUAUCAUUGCAUAAUUGAUCCGAUUUUUGGCUCCCGUCUCCAUUCCCGACGUAUUAAACUGUCUGAUGCGCUUGGUUCAGCUGCUCCUAACAAAGGCUCGCCCGCCUCCUCAGUGCUGUCUGCUUCCACAGCUGCCGUCCCGACGACGUUCCAACUGGGAACCGCCCCCACAAUACAAAGAAACAGGCUUCGCCGCCUUCAUUCACAAACCAAAACCUCUCAGCAGCCAUCACUCAAGCCUUGAGAUUGGAUUUAUUUCUUCUCAUCAAGGGAACAUAGCUGGGGGUCCCUCCAUGGUGCUGUGUGGUGAGGGCGACUGCGGCGUAUGCCUGCAGACCUUCAACAGGGUGGAGCGUAUCCCCCGGACACUGCACUGCCGACACGCCUUCUGCCAGGCCUGCCUGGAGGCCAUGGCGGUGUGUUCAGGGCCCGGAGGCGUCGGGCCGUCGCUCAGCGUAUGCUGCCCGCUGUGCCGCCGCGUCACCUGCGUGCAGCGGGGCCUUAGCUUGCGAGAGGCGCUGUGGGUGGACAGCGACCUGUGGGAGCAGAUACCCAGCGACCAAGAAGACAAGGAAAAGGAAGGCAGGAUGAAAGAAGACAGGGAAGAGGCCACAGAGACCACACCCCAAGCCAAAUGUCAUCCUUCCAGGAACAAGGUCAAGUUCCGGUCCUUCUUCCGCAAGUUUACGCUGACCAAGAGACCCCGAGAGAGGAUCAUGCCCAGCAGUAAUGUGGAAAUGAAAUCCUGGCGCAGGCUCUCCGGUGACGAGACGUUACGAAACCCCUGACUUCCACUUAUUUAUUCUGGGCUUAGUUCUCCCAGCUGCUGCUCCGGGAUUUGGUUCAACACGGACUAAAACACAUCCAGGGACCCCCGGGGAACAGAUGGCUUCCCUCAAUGUUCCCAAAUAAACAGCAUUCUUUUUUAAUUUAUUAUGACAAA